AUUUCUCUCCUGUCUCUCUGAUUUAAUGGCUUUUCUAACUCUUCACUCCUCCCUUUCUUUUAGCUCACAUUUUCUUCAGAAGAACUCCUAACAUGUUUAAGUUCUUUGCUCACUAUAUAUAUAGAUCUCUUCCCCAUUCUCAAUGUAAAUAUAUCUCCUUUCUCUCAACUGGCUUCUAAGAAUUCUCAUCAUAUUCUUCAAGAGAUGGUUUCAUUGCUUGGGGAGACCGUUGGCAAAGAGAAUGCUAAUGGGAUUGUGCUCGAACUAAGUGUCAAGCAAGGAGAGCCAACAUUAGUCCCCCCAGCAGAGGAAACGGAGAAAGGCCUCUACUUCCUCUCCAACCUUGAUCAAAAUAUCGCAGUACUCGUUCAGACAAUCUACUGCUUCAGAGCAGAGGACAGAGGGAAUGAGAGAGCUGCUGAGGUGAUAAAGGAGGCCUUAUCCAAGGUUUUAGUUCAUUACCACCCACUCGCCGGGAGGCUGACGAUGAGCUCUGAAGGGAAGCUCAUCGUGGAUUGUAUGGGAGAAGGUGCGGUUUUCGUCGAGGCUGAGGCUGACUGUAGGUUGGAAGACAUAGGAGACAUUGCAAAGCCCGAUCCUUCGAUGCUCGGCAAGCUUGUUUACAAUGUUCCUGGUGCGAAGAACAUACUGGAGAUACCUCCUCUGGUAGCUCAGGUGACUAAGUUCCAAUGUGGGGGUUUCAUUCUUGGGCUAACAAUGAACCACUGCAUGUUCGACGGUCUUGGAGCCAUGGAGUUCGUCAACUCAUGGGGUGAAAUAGCCCGAGGCCUUCCCCUUUCAGUACCGCCAUUCCUAGAUCGAACCAUACUCAAAUCUCGAAGCCCUCCCAUGAUCGACUUCCCUCACUAUGAAUUCAAGGAGAUAGAGGACUCAUUGGAGUCUGCUGCUCUUUAUCAAGAAGAGAUGAUUUACCGGUCCUUCUACUUCGACACUGACAAACUUGAGCAGCUAAAGAAAUUAGCCAUGCAAGAUGGAUCUCUUGACAAAUGCACCACUUUUGAAGCUCUAUCAGCUUUUGUAUGGAGAGCUCGGACCAAGGCGUUGCAGUUUCAGCCCAAUCAACAGACCAAGCUCCUCUUCGCGGUCGACGGGCGGUCUAGAUUCAAUCCACCACUACCCAAGGGCUACUUUGGCAAUGGAAUAGUGCUAACCAACUCUUUGUGCAAAGCAGCUGACCUUCUUGAGAGCCCUCUCUCAUUUGCAGUGGGGCUAAUUCAGAAGGCUGUUAAGAUGGCCACUGAUUCUUACAUGAGAUCGGCGAUGGAUUAUUUCGAAGUGACGAGAGUAAGGCCUUCUCUAAGUGCAACUCUUCUCAUAACUACUUGGUCUAGGCUUGCUUUCCAUACCACAGACUUUGGGUGGGGCGAGCCUUUGCAGUCUGGGCCAGUGGCUUUGCCAGAGAAGGAGGUGAUCUUAUUCUUGUCUCAUGGAAAGGAGAGGAGGAACAUAAAUGUUCUUCUUGGGCUGCCCACCUCAGCAAUGCUAACAUUUCAACAGCAAAUGGGUAUUUAGAAACAGUCUUAAUGUUGGUACAUUCUUAACUUUGUGUUGGUAUUUUUAGAUUUGGUAUGUCCAACUCUCGUGGUUCUUCUCUAUGGCAGCAUUUUCUUCAAUAUCCGUGUUUAUUUUGUCAUGUUAUAAUUGUUUAAAAGAUAUCUGAAAAGUAACAACAGAAGCUAAAGUUGGGACUGUCUUUAUGUUUCUUAAAUGUGUUGCUGGAAAUUAUAUUUUGUGAAAUGAAACAAUGUUAUGACACCAGGUCUGGUGUUCCAUUCGUUUCA